GCAGGGAAGGAAAAAAAACCUCAGCUAACUAGCUGCAGAAAACACAUUUUUUAAUUUGUAAUUAACGUUAAACUCGGGUUCGAGUUGUAUGCAGCUCACAGUUUGAGCACAGCAGCUGUUUAAUGUGCCGGCGUCGCUGAAGUGCAGCGUUUGCUAACGAUGCUAACUUCCGGCCGCAGCAAGUCAACAUGUAGCUGAGUUAGCUUCUUAGCUAGUCUCCCAGUAGCGGUGUUUGCCGGAAAGAAAAGAUGCUUGUGUUUCUGCUGGGAAAACAAAUCUCCCGUUGCACUGCAUGACAAUGAAAGAAGCAAUGGCCCAUGAAAAGUGUUGGAUCCACAGAGAGUGGCUGGUCCAUCAUCAUCAGGCACUGGAGCACAGAUAACACCUCCGAUCACUUGUGGGUGAUUUAAUUUCUGGGUGGACCCGGUGCUUCUGUCUCAUCCAUCCAUCCAGACGGCUGCACUGGACAUGGUGUUAGAUAAGUCAUGAUCCCCAUCACUGAGCUGCGGUACUUUGUGGACACACAGCCAGCGUACCGCAUCCUAAAACCAUGGUGGGAUGUGUUCACCGACUACAUCUCCAUCGUCAUGUUGAUGAUUUCGGUGUUCGGUGGGACGCUUCAGAUCACCCAGGACAAGAUGAUCUGCCUGCCCUGCAAAUGGGUCAUCAAUGAGACCUGCAAGAAGAAUUUCAGUUCCAGCUCAUCCACCUCAUUGUUCUUGGAGCCUAAAGGGAUCCAGUACGAUCUAGACCGCCAUCAGUACAACUAUGUCGAUGCAGUGUGUUAUGAAAAUAGAUUGCACUGGUUCGCCAAGUAUUUCCCCUACCUGGUAUUACUUCAUACCCUCAUUUUUCUAGCUUGCAGCAACUUUUGGUUUAAAUUUCCUCGGACUAGUUCUAAACUGGAGCACUUUGUGUCCAUCUUGCUGAAAUGCUUCGACUCUCCGUGGACAACCAGGGCUCUGUCCGAGACGGUGGUUGAAGAAAGCGAUCCCAAACCAAUGAGAACGAAUGGCUCCAUGGACCAUCACAAGGCGUCUGUAAUAAGUGAGGACGUUGAAGCAAGUGUUCCAAUGCUUCAAAGGACUAAAACGCGCUUUGAGCAGGGCAUUGUAGACAGAACAGAAACGGGUGUUUUGGACAAGAAAGAAGGCGAACAGGCAAAAGCACUAUUUGAAAAAGUGAAGAAGUUCCGUAUUCACGUGGAAGAAGGAGACAUUGUAUACAGGCUGUACAUCCGUCAGACCAUUAUCAAAGUGUUCAAAUUUAUUUUCAUAAUCUGCUACACGGGGUAUUAUGUGCAGAAUAUUGAAUUCAGUGUGGACUGUUCAGUAAAUAUAAAAAGCUUGACUGGUUAUAGUGUGUAUCAUUGUGCUCAUCCUCUCGCUACACUUUUUAAAAUCUUAGCCUGUUUCUACAUUUGCUUGGUUGUGGUCUAUGGUUUGAUCUGCAUGUAUACACUUUGCUGGAUGCUGCGGCGCUGCCUGAAGAAGUACUCCUUCGAAUCCAUUCGAGAAGAGAGCAGCUACAGUGACAUCCCGGACGUGAAGAACGACUUUGCGUUCAUGUUGCACAUGAUCGAUCAGUAUGACCCUCUGUACUCCAAGCGCUUCGCCGUGUUCCUGUCCGAAGUUAGCGAGAAUAAGCUGAGGCAGCUCAACCUCAACAAUGAGUGGACGCUAGACAAGCUCAGGCAGCGGAUAACCAAGAAUUCUCAGGAGAAGUUGGAGUUGCACCUUUUCAUGCUGAGUGGCAUUCCGGAUCCCGUGUUCGAUCUGAUGGAGCUGGAGGUUCUCAAACUGGAGCUCAUCCCAGACGUUACCAUCCCGCCAAUCAUCGCCCAGCUGGUCAACCUGCGUGAGAUGUGGCUUUAUCACACCCCGGCCAAAAUCGAAGCUCCGGCCUUGGCCUUUUUACGUGAGAACUUGAAGUCUCUGCACAUAAAGUUCACCGACAUCAAGGAAAUCCCUUUAUGGAUUUACAGUUUGAAGAAUCUCAGCGAGCUCCAUCUGACAGGGAACCUCAGCGCUGAAAACAACCGCUACAUUGUCAUCGAUGGGCUUCGAGAGCUCAAGAGGCUCAAAGUGCUUCGUCUGAAAAGUAACCUCACCAAGCUACCUCAAGUUGUGACCGAUGUGGGCAUGCACCUCCAGAAGCUUUCCAUCAACAACGAAGGCACCAAGCUGAUGGUGCUCAACAGCCUGAAGAAAAUGGUGAACCUCACAGAACUUGAGCUUAUUCGCUGUGACCUGGAACGCAUACCGCACUCAAUCUUCAGUUUGCACAACCUGCAGGAGAUCGAUCUGAAGGACAACAACCUGAAGACCAUCGAGGAGAUCAUCAGCUUCCAGCACCUUCAUCGGCUGGUCUGCCUGAAGCUCUGGUACAACCAGAUUGCCUACAUUCCCAUUCAGAUUGGCACCCUGAUCAACCUAGAAAAGCUGUAUCUAAACAGGAACAAGAUUGAGAAGAUACCCAGCCAGUUGUUUUAUUGCCGCAAGCUGCGCAUUUUGGACUUGAGCCACAAUAAUCUAACCUGUAUACCAACAGACAUUGGCUUCCUCCAGAAUUUGCAGUACUUGGCAGUGACAGCCAACAGGAUUGAGACCUUGCCGAAUGAGCUGUUCCAGUGCAAGAAGCUUCGCACUUUGAACUUGGGCAACAACUGCCUUCAGUCUCUGCCGUCGCGUUUUGGAGAGCUGACGUCUUUGGCACAGCUCGAGCUGAGAGGAAACCGUCUGGAGUGUCUGCCUGUGGAGUUGGGAGAGUGCAGACAGCUGAAGAGGUCUGGUCUUGUUGUGGAGGAAGACCUGUUCAACUCACUGCCCACUGAGGCCAAGGAGCAGUUGUGGAAAGCUGACAAAGAACAGACUUGAACAGGUUUGUGAUUUAAAACGAUAUAUACAGUAUACACAAACACCGAGCAGUUUGGGCUGUAAACAGGAAGAAAAAGCUCAUGGCUUGAAGACCUACAGAAGUAGGACAUGUUCUUGCUUCUAAAGACUGACAGUAAGGUUGGGCAUCAAAAACCAGUAGUUUAAUUAAACCAAAGUGCUAACUCUGGCAGCUGAUGGUUGUAUUUUGACCAUUUUAACAAAGUGUUUCAGGCCAGUGCCAUUAUGAUCAGAAUCAUUUGUUUACAUUAAAGCUCCUCUUCUGUUGUGUAGAAAAAUAUUAAAGGCCCAUACUUUAAAGACGACUACAAGUUGACUGUUUUACACUAAAGCAAAAAUCAUCUUUUGUUGGGUAAACACGUUUAAAAAACCAAUUUUGUCCAGAUGGUUGAACAGAGUUAAACUGCCAAUUAUUAUUUUUGUUGUUAAGCAUCUUAAGAUGCUUUUGUAUGUACAGUGUUAAACAUGCACAAAAAUUAUAGGUGAUUUCAAGGAACUUUGCAGAUUUUGAGGUUGUGUUUUUUUUUUUUUUUUUGUAUGUUGGCAGAGCAAAGCUAAAAGAAAAAGCCUACUGAGUUCACAAAUGCAAGUGUCGUGUAUGAUGAAGCUGAAUUUUGGCAGCAUUACGACAUGUGGAAUUAGAUUGUGUAAAUGUGUGAUUCUCAACUCUGAGGCAAGUUUGGCAGAGAAAAUAGGUUGACGACCUUAUUUUGCAGCAAAUUGUGCGUUUGAGAGUUUGAGGAGCAGCAAUAUUUCCUCUUAUUUGUCUCCUAACUUCUAGUGAACAUUUUAUAGAUAAACAUACCUGAUACCAGUAACUACACAAGUAUAAUAAUUCAUAUUCCAAAGGCAUGUUUUUAUUUUAUUUUAUUUUAUUUUAUUUUAUUUUAUUUUAUUUUAUUUUUGUAUCUUCACCUUAUGACUCCGGUUGUGCUCAUUUCAUUUUUACUAAUAAGCUAUAAGUUUUAAACUUACAAAUAUCGUCCAAGCGUUUGUUGGAUAAAGAUAUUCGUACUUAUUUGGAAAUUAUUUCCUUGAUAACCAGGUUCAGGUUGUGUGUAUUAGUACUUCAAAGUUAUUUUUCCUAAAGUUAAAAUCAGAAAGUAAUAUAUUUCAUUCCAUACAGUGAGUUUUUGGGUUCAUCUGCAACUUAAAGUCUUACAAUUAAUGUUGAUAAUUUUCUAUUUGAAGUGUGUUCGUUUUUAUAGGAACUGGUGACUGUUUGUUUGUGCUUGAAGGAAACUUUUUUUUUUGGCAAGGGUUUUGACACAAUGAUAAAAUUGUUGCACACAUUUUAGCAGCACUUUUUGGUUCUUUACCUUUAAAAAAAUAUUCAUUUUUUAAUGUAAUUCCAGGUGUUAACACCUGGACAGUAGCAAUACACAGUAUUAUAACCAGACUGAAACUUAUAGAAAUACAUGAAGCUAUGAGCGUCUACAUUAAAAGCAUGUUUUACUAUUCAGUACUGUGCAAUAUUGCCGUCAUUUAAACUCUAUGAAGGCCUGUAGUGUUAUAAUUUUCUAAUGUGCAUCAGCAUUCCUUUUGUCACAAAACAUUUUACUACCAGCAAAUUAAGAAUUUGAAGAAAAGUAGAUGAUAUAGAUUUUUUCAGGCAUGGAGGAAGCUUUUGCACUACAGCACCUUUCCUUCAAGUUGUGCAAAUGCAGCAGUGGUCUGCAUGUUAUGUAUACACCAUGUAAUUGUGUAUAUUUUUUUUUUGUCCUGGCGUUUGAGCACUGCCAGCUGUAAGAUUAAAGUGGCAUUCUAGAAGUAGUAUUUUUUUAUUCUUAAAAUCAACUCCUUUUUCCAUCGUGUUCAACAACUCAGCAUGUUAGCAAUAGAUGUCUUACACUUGGACAAUCAGCAUUUCUAAAAUUGACAGAAAAAAUCUAAUUUCAAGAUCAGUUUUACUAAAAGGUGUUGCUUAGCUUGCAGGUGAAGUGAUGUCUGUAAGUAGGCCAGGUUUUUUUUAUUAAAAUAUUAAAUGUGCCCACAUUUUCUUAAUAUUAAACUUUUAUUUCAAUUGUGAAAACUAUACAUUUUAUAGUACAGCUAAAUCUCUCAGGAAACCAGCUAGUGUCCAUUUUUUCCUCUUUUUAUGGUUGCCUAUGUUUUUAUUUUAUUAUUAUACAUGGUAUUUGUAUUAAUUGAAACCACUGAAAUGACAUUUUGUGUAUUUCUAUACUAUUCCUAUACUGCUGGUUUGAAACAAAUGUUCUUGUAGUUUUUUUUAUUUGUUUAAAAAAACAUGGCGUUACUUCUGUAUUCAUAGGUCACCGUGUAAUAAUUAAACUAUCACGAGUGUGUUAUUUGGAGUCCCACAGGUUAGGUGUGUAUACAGUUUGUUUGCAUGAUGAUACUUUCUCACCACUACCUUCAAUGUUUGAUCGUUUAAAUCAGUUCUGGGUACAAAAUCAUAAUUGGUGUUCAACUAAUUCACAAGGAUAGGCCCAUUUGGUUGUGUGUGUUUUUUUUUAUACAAACGUUCAAUAAUAACACAGUAAAAGCAAAGCAAUACUACUUACAUGAACUGUGCAACGGUAUUUAUGUACUCGGUUUGAACUUACAUUAUGUUCUGUCUUGUGAAUCGUCCACUAGAAACAAUAAAAUAUAUUUGGUUGGUUGAA